GUACAGAUUGUUUAUUUGGCUCUUAUCAGCAUCAAUGUUGCUCUCUACUUGGUAACAGUAUUCAGAGAAAUUCCGAAUCUUUACAUCCCAGAAUAUCAUCGUUACACUGGCCUUGUUGCACUUAUCAUAACCUAUUGUUCAUUCUUGAUUGCCUCCUUCUCUGAUCCUGGAUUUAUUACCAAAAAGACGGAAAGACAAUUUGAAAAAUCGUUCCCAUACGAUGAAGUUAUGUACAUUUCCGAGAGAAAAUGUUCAACUUGUGAUAUUGUUCGACCAGCUCGUUCUAAACACUGUCCUCUUUCUGGAAAAUGUGUUGCUAAAUUUGAUCACUAUUGUGGAUGGCUGAAUAAUGAUGUUGGUGAGUUGAAUUAUAGAUGGUUCCACUCGUUUUUGAUUUGCAAUUUCCUUCUAGUAGUUUAUGCAGUUUAUAUUUAUGUUCAAACAUUGAUGAGUUUGGUGGAUGAGGAAAAUUUGUGGAGUUCUACAUUUAUGAAUAAUAAGGGAGAAAGAGUUUCUGCAUCUGUUUCAAUUAUUAUUCAAUAUAUGCUCUCUCGUCACAUUAUGAUAAUUGCUCAAUUGUUCUUUAUUGCAGCAUGCGGAUUGAUGAUUUUUGGAUUUUGGCUUUAUCAUUUCUAUUUAGUUUGCACAAAUACCACCACUAGCGAAACUUUCAAGAAGAAGGAUUUGGAA